AAUGAAUAAAGGAAAUUCUAAAAAGAGAACUUCUUCAUUCAAUAAAUAACCAAUCAUCUAUACACAUGAUAGAUGUGAUACCUAAUAGAAGCAAUUUUAUUGUCCAAAAUCUAAAAAAGAUGUUAAAAAUCUAAUAAGCGAUACUAAAUUGAAAUCAUCUUAUGAGAAUACAAUGGUUAUAAUGCCUUAAAAUGUAUCAUUUAAAAAUGUGUUAACAGAAUUGGCUCAUAAAUCUGCUAAGAAAUAUAUUAAAAAACAUAUGAAAAAAACACCAAGUACUUCUUUACAUACUCCUGCUGACUUUACCAUUAGAAAAACUGAAUAAUAAUCAUACUUAAUGAAGCAAUAAUAAUCAAUUAUUCAUUAACAAUCUUAAUAAACUUCUUAUAGAUCUUUAUUGUAACAUAAUAAGAGAAAUUAAUGGAUUGAUCUAAUUAAUCAAAAGAGUUCAAAUUAUAUAUAAUCAGAUCAAAUAUCAACUACAGAAUACAAGUAUUAAAUAUUUUAUAUUAGAACAUAAUUGGAUAUAAUGACAACAAAUAAUUUAGAUUGGAAAUAUCCAUAUACAUGUUAUAAAGAAUAGAGAAUUCAUAGAGAUGUGUCUCAUAUAGAAAAUUUAGAAUUUGAUUGUUGGAAAGAGUUAUUAAUGAAUCGAUUAAUAUUACGCUAAGCUAAAUGA